UACCUAGUUGUGAUUUAUUUAUGCACUCUCUUCAAUCUGUAAAUUAUAAAUAGUUCAAGUUCAAUUAGAUAUUCAGGGCCAUAGGAACAAUUUGUUUUAAUUAUUGUACCUACGGGUCCGAUUCGUAAAAAUCAGAUUUUAAUCAUAAUAACUUGGCCGAAUUCUGUGAUAAAUACCUAACGUAUUGCGUCGUGUUUAGUUAUUGAGUUACAAUUGAGUAUUGUCUUGUCUGUAACUUAUUUACUAUACAUUUUAAGUAGCAGCCCUGGACAGCGGUUUACGGCUCUACGUUGUAUAAGCUAAUUUUGCAAUUAGUUAACAAUCAAACACAGAAAAGCUACAUUUAUAAUCUAUAGUGUAAUACACCCAAAACAAUUAUGGAAGUUAUUAUGCAAGAGCACUUCGAAAAAAUUUACCAAUUCUAUGAGGAAAAAGAAUUUUGUGAUGUAACCUUGGUUACCGAUGAAGGCUUAAAAAUAGAAGCUCACAGAAAUAUAUUGGCUUCUGCGAGUCAUGUAUUUUAUACGAUGUUCAGCGGGCAGUUUAAAGAAAGAAACGAAAAUGAGAUUUUUAUAAAAGAAAUAGAUUCUGAAAUUUUAGAAUUGGUGGUGAAAUUUGCAUACACUUGUAAACUGGAUAUUAAAGAAAAUAAUUGUGAAAAACUGUUGAUGGCUGCUAAUAUGUAUGGUCUAAAUCAUAUAAAAGAGUUAUGUUUUAAACAUAUUAAAGAAAACAUAAAUCCUACAAUUUGUGUGAGUUUUAUGAAAACUUCCAAAUUAAUAUCAAACGAAAAGAUUUACAAUUUUUGUUGGUCAUAUUUUUUAAACCAUUUCACUACAAUUGUGAAUUCGGAUCAAGCAUUAGAAACACUUUAUGGCUAUGAGUUUGAUGAUGUUGUCGAGUUUAUUGCACGUGAUGAUUUAGUAAUCGACUCUGAGGAAAAGAUAUUUGAUUUUAUCAUUGGUUGGAUACACUAUAACACAGAUGAACGUAAUGACUUGCUACCGGUUCUUAUGAAAUAUUUACGUUUGGCUUUAAUUUCAAAAGAAGGACUACAAAGGAUUUAUAAUGAACCAUUAGUGAGAAAUAAUAAUGAUGUUAUGACAGGCAUAGUAGAAUAUAUGAUAAAUACUUACAACAAUUCAAAACCAUCAUAUACUUUAGGAAGAUGUACUCAAAUUGAAUCGCCAAAUAUUGUUUUUGCAAUUACUGGUCAAUCAAACAAUGUCAGUUCCUGUGUGAAGUAUAUGGAUAUUAGAAAUGACAAUGACUUAAGAUGGAAAUCGAGCGAUCAUUCAUUUUUUUUGCCUUCCCGUAAAGGCUCAAAGAUGGUAGUCUCUGAAAAUGGGAUAAUACUUUCCAUUGGUGGUUUAAAUGAGACUGGUCGACGGGCAACUCUUGUAGACGAGCUUGAUCUUAAGUCAGAAUCAAAACAAUGGGUCUCUACAAGGCCAUUAAAUCGACCUCGAAUAGGCUUUGCUGUUUGUACAUACAAGCAGUACAUAUAUGUCGUUGGAGGCUGUGAUAGUUUAUGUAUUGGUUUUUUGAAUUCUGUAGAAUACUAUAAUACAAAUUCAAAAGUAUGGACGGAAAUCACUGAACCAAUGCCCACUGCACGAUCCGGCUGCGGUGCUGUAGUAUUUAAUAAUAAAUUAUAUGUUUUUGGUGGAAGAAAUGAUAAUUAUCUUGCAACCGUAGAGUACUAUGAUUUUGAAAAAAAACACUGGAGACAACUCGAUCCUAUGCCGAUUUGUAUUGUAAACAUGGAUGUGUCAAGAAUAGAGAACGUCGUUUAUCUCAUUGGUGGUUUUCAUACACCUCGUCGAGUUUUUAAAUUCGAUUUACAUCAUUUCAAAUGGGACGAAGUGCCUGAAAUGAACGGGGAUUGUGAUGGCUCAAGUGUUGGUAUCAUGAGAAACGACUUAUUCGUGAUUGGGAAUAAUAGUGGACAACUUCAUUGUGAAAGAUAUGACAGAGGAAAAAAUCAAUGGCAAUUGGUUGACAGAGUAAAUGUAUCAACCCACACUAGUCGUAUCAUUACUUUUAAUGAUAUUACUCUUAAAUCCUAUGGUAUUCAAUUGUGAUACUUUUUUUUUUUUUUUUUUAAUAAUACCUUUUUGUGAAUUCAAUUUAGUCUUAAAAUUAUUUACACAUUUUGUUGUUGAUUUUUAUUUGUAUUUCUUAAUACCUUAGAAGAACUUGAAACGUUUUGUUAUAAUACUGUUUUAGUAUAAUGGCAUUCACUUAUAAUAU